AACAUCCGAAAAAUGAAAAAUGGCGUCGCUUCCUGUUUUCGUUGCAUUUUGUUUACAUAUUUGAGACUGACUUCUACUGGUGAUUUUCGACACCAUCAAGCUCUUUCAAAAGACAGUUAGCUUGUUAAUAGAAUGUCUUGAACAGGAACAGAUGAUGAUACCCUUUCAUCAUAUUUUGUUCGCUUGUGUUUCAUUGACUUGCACGGAAGGUUUGCUGUCACCUUCCACAGUGGACCAAACCACCAAGUAUGACACAGACAGUCCUAAUAUACCAAAGCAGGUCCAUAUAGGAUUUGGGGGAACGACCAAUGAAAUGAUCGUCAUGUGGUCCACAAGGCAGAACGACUCCUCUUUUGUCGAGUACCAUAACGGUGACAACUCUAAAGAGAACGUCAAAACCUCCAGAGGUAAUACGGUGUAUUUCCCAGAAAACUCAAACGGUCUACAGUACCUCCACAGAGUGGUGCUGACGAACUUACAACCAAGUGUGAAAUACUAUUACGCCGUCCGAGGAGAAAAGCGAGAGUCGCUCAGCGACCAAUUCAGUUUCACCACCCCGAAUUCUGAUGGAAAGCAAGUAUUUAUGAUUUACGGGGAUAUGGGUACGAUGACAAAAAGUCUGCCUUUUAUCGUGUAUGAGGCAACUGGAGAGAUGAAGUACUCUUCCAUUUUUCACUUGGGUGAUAUCGCUUAUGAUCUCGGGAGGGAACAUGGUGCCAUCGGGGACAAGUUUUUUUCUCGAGUCGAAAGAAUGGCCUCACGCAUUCCAUACAUGACCAUUCCGGGUGACCACGAGAUGUUUCCUGACAGUAAAAAUCAUUACUUCCACAGAAUUUCGAACCCAGGCAAAGAAUGGCCGAUGCAUCCCGAGGACAUGUGGUACAGUGUAAAUAUAGGCAAAGUUCACUUUAUAUGUAUAUCUACCGAAGUGUUUUUCACAAACAAGGAAAAUAUUCAAAAGAUCAUGGAUUGGUUGGUGCAGGACUUAGAAGAAGCCAAUUCUAGGCGACAGAAGUACCCUUGGGUUAUCGUGAUGGCUCAUCGCCCACUGUACUGUUCCACAGACGACAAAAAUGAAGAUUGCACAAAAACCCAUUCUGUUGUCAGGACGCAUCUGGAAGACAUGUUCUAUUUCUAUGGUGUUGAUCUAGUUUUCAGUGGCCACCAACACAUGUAUGAAAGGACUUGGCCAGUCUACAAGAACAGGGUGCUGGCCUAUAAUUAUCUGGAUCCCAGGGGAACAGUUCAUAUCGUCAUUGGCAACAUGGGAAACAUUUACCUGGCGGAGAAAGGGAGCAGACCAGGUGGACCUUGGUCGUCUUUUAUUUCCCCCUCGCAACACGAGAUGUACGGAAGACUCCAUGUUCACAACAGCAGCCAUAUUUAUUGGGAAGUACGAGGGGCUCAGGAUAAUGAUUUAUACGAUAAACGUUGGAUCAUCCAGCGAAUUCAUGGUCCAUUUAACAAAAGUUCCAUUUUUAUCCCUGAUCCACUGGGUGCGGCUGGGGCUGCCUGGCGUGAACAGCAGGAUGACUCCAGUGAUAUUAUAAGUCUCCGAUUUUUCUACAUGAAUGGGGAUGACUACACAAAUCGCGUAACUGUUUUGGCUUUUACAAUUAUCAUUUUACUUUUUGGUUUGUGUUUUAAAAAGAAAAUAUUGAAUAUCAUAAGGUUGUGUUUUGUAAAACAAGAAUCGCUACCAAAGUAAAAGUGUUCAGAACUUCACAUAUACUAGUGCAAGAACUCGAUUUAAUCUCAGACAAAAGAAAUUUUGAGGGAUUUUCUACUCGAUUUAUCCUGUAUUUUGUUCAACUUCAUGCAGAGGGUAACACGAGUACCAUGUACAUGUAUUAGUAUGGAUAAAAUGGUUUUAUCAUUUCAUAAUAAUGUAUAGUGUGAAUGUGAAUUGUACAAAUACAUUUAUUAUUUGUAAGUUGUGAUUUUUUAGGGAAAAUUGUGAUGUGAAGUAUGAGUAUUUCUCAAUAGAAGUAUGGAUGUAUCACAUUUACAUUUGUAAUGUUAAAAGGAUAGUAAAGGUCAUUUUGUUCAAAUAUUUUGAAGGAAUUUAAAAAAUGUGCCCAAAUGACUCAUACCAGUCAUUUUCUGUUAAAAAUAACAAUUUUAUGCAUUUAUCUACAUUUCUUUCCAAAUUUAAAACGAUUAUAAUCUUCAAAUAAUGUCCCUUGAAUUUUUGCUCCUGGACAAAUAUUCAAUCUGCUAUACAAGUUGGCUCCUAGUGUAACUUUGACAAACAUGCCGUCAUUUCAAAACUGAAAAAUAUCAUUCAUAUAUCUUUUUAAUUUAUAUUAGAAAGGAAUAAGAUGAUUUGGGGUGAGAGAAAAAAAAAUCACAAAAAUGAUAUUUACUAUCUUUGAGAACAAGGCAAAUUUCAGUAAAUUAACAUGAAAGACUUGUAGUAAAGGCAAGAGAAAAAUUCUUCUCAAACCAAGUUUUGUCUGAAGAAAUAAAAAAUAUGGAGUAUCGUAAAGCUAUUAUAUUUUUUUCCUUGGUGUAUUUUUAUACGAGUAUUUGCAUAUCAUUUGAUGGUUGUAUUAUGUUUAACAGUGUCUGUAUAAGUCGAUGGUAUUGUUAUCAAGUGCUUUUAUCAUAUUUUGCAUAUACAUGUAUAUAGUCAUAACAAAGACGUUACUAAACAAUUUUUGUAUACAUAUUUGAACUGCCUGAUGAACCAUGUAGACAUGGAGAAAGCGCUAGCAGUAAAUGAUUGUUUUUUAUGGAAAUUGUGUCAUUCUGAUUUUCAAUAUUUAUUUACAACUGUGCCGAAUCAACUUCUAAUAUAAAUAAAUAUAUAUAUUAUAUAUAUAUAAAUUGAUGAUCAGAUUAUAUCAAAGAUUUAUCCCACUAUAUAUAUAUAUAUAUAUAUAUAUAAUAUAUAUAUAUAUAUAUAGCACGUUAUUAAUUUUGUUUUUGAAAGUGUAUCAUAAAAUUCCACUUUGUUGUGUAGUAAUACGUACAAUUUGUCAUGUGCUUUAAAUCAUUGGUCACUUACAUAUGUUAAUCUAUAUCAUGCUCAUCUUACACAUGUGUUUCAAUUCUGUAAAAAUAAAUUUUUACAAGCAAGUCCUUUGAAGGAAGAGCUAGGUUUGGCUGUCAUGUUCUUUGCAGCUAUCGUUCUGAACUUGGUACAUAAUUUUUCACUCUAUAAUGUGAAUACAUAAGCACCUUGUACAUUAUUUAUCUAUACAGCCAGGACUUAAUUUUUGUUAUAUUUAUUGUAACUGGAGGUUUUCUAUAUGUGGGAAUUUUAUGUGAGAGAAGACAAACAAAAGGAUGUAGCAUAUAUUCAGGGACUGCUUUAUCAAAUCAAAGAUGAAUUGAGAAUUUGUGUAUCUUACCAUGCCAAUUAAAGUUCUCUGAAAUAAAUAAAACCAAACGUGUGUUCUCUGAUAAAUGUUCAUUAGUGCCUGGUUGUAGACACAACAGAGAUUAACAUUUCACCAUAUGUAUUUCUUUAACUAAAUAAUAGUAGAUUUAAGUCCCAAAUACUAUUAUUUAAUGGCAGGAUAUUAAAUCAAUGGUGCUUCUUUUCGAUAUUUGUACUCUCAUGUUAUAUGGCAAAAUAUUCCUAUGAAACCAUUCUGAAAUUUACUUCCUGUAAGGCAUUUUACUCCCUAUAAGGCAUUUUACUUCCUAUAAGGCAUUUUACUCCCUAUAAGGCAUUUUACUUCCUAUAAGGCUAUACAAGGACACUAUUGUACUUUGUUUUACCAUGAUUUAGUACUUUGACAACUUGUAUGGCUAAAUUAUCUUGAUUUGAAGCAAAUUUGAUACCAGCUGAAAUAAUUUAAAUAAACAUGUCAUCAUU